GCGUACAGCACGAAGACGCUGGCGGCGCGGGAGAUGGCGCUCCGGGCCUCCUUGGAGAUGUUGACACCGUCCGGGAGCUGCGAGGAGAGCGGCGAGGGCUAGAAAUCUGCAGGGUUGUCCUCUGUCUUAAGCCAUUUAUAGUUAUGGACUUGCCAGAUGAGAGCCUAUGGGAUGAAACCACCUGCAACUCAGCUGUUUGUCAGCAUCCACAAUGCUGGGCAACUAUCCGCCGGAUCGAGAGAGGCCACCCUCGAAUCCUGAGCUCACCCUGCAAAACUCCUCUGGACACUGAAGAUAAACUGCCAGCGCUCACCACUGUAAACAUCUCAGAUUCUUGCUUUGCUCAUCAUUUGUCAGAUUUUAACAUCAGUAAGUCUUGUUCUUUAUCGUCUCGAGGUUCAAAGUUUGACUCCAAAUUUCCAGGCAGGUCUCAAAAGGAUUUACCUGGCAAAAGUUUGAUCAACCGUGCUAUUAGAUCUUCCAAACUUUCAGUGUUGAAUUUGAAUGAGACACAACUUCCCUGCUCUAAAGAUGUCAGAAAUAUGGUUGUAAUCUGGAUCCCAGAAGAAAGAGAGAAGCAUAUGAGUCCAUCUGAGAAGCAUGUUUUGCCUAGCCAGCAUGGGAAGAAGAAAAGAAAGAACUUGGCAGUGAAAAACAAGUCAUCUUGGGGUCUCUCUAGGAAGGAGUACACAGAAAAGCAGUUGAGAAUUCCAGGGACAGUUGUGCCUCCCCCCACUCCAGUACACUCGUCUGAACAAUUACAUUCAGAUUUCAUGCCUUUCUGGGCCCAGUUCGGCAUGUUACCUCAGGAUCUACUGAAGGAAGCUUUGUCAGAUGGAGGGAAAACCGUACUCUCUCCACAGAUGAAGAUACAAUUGGCCAUGAUGAAAAAGAAUCUUCCCCUGGAAAAGAACCGACCUGACAGUGCAAUUUCUUCCAAGAUGUUUCUAUCUAUUCACCGCCUCACCCUGCAAAGACCAGCAUUGCGAUAUCCUGAACAUGUGAAGAAAUUGUAUAACCCGAAGACAGAAGGUUACUGGAAACAGCGGCAGCAGCAGCAGCAGAAAAAGGCGAAAACACCUACUAAGAAGCAGGAGGCUAAAAAGAAAACCAAGAGCGAUCCCGAGAGUCAGGGUGCUUCACGUAAACAUUCAGUUACCAUCGUUUAUGACCCUCUCUCUGGUUAUAGAACACUGCCAAUUCUGAAAAGUGCCAUGAAUCAGAAGCAGAAGAUAGAGCUAGAAGGAGCCACCUUGAAACAGGAUUCCACAGAGAGACCAAAGAGGGACCACUCUGGUAAAUAUGUGGAUUUCUCCUUCAGUGUGGAAGGUCCUGGAUUAUCUGAAACAGAACUCACUAACAAGGACAUUAGUGCUCCGGUGGAGGCUGUGCUCAAGGAAGCUGACGAGAUCUCCAGUCGCCUUUCAGAAAGUAUGGCUGGAAUAAGCUGGAACCCUGAGCUCAAACUACUGAGAAUUCUUCAGGCCACUGAUGAUGAUGAUGAGGAGAACCAAUCUUCUGGGUCACAGAGUGAUGCGUUUUUGGAGGAAUAGACUGAAGGCAUCCUUAUUCCACAGCAGGAUGCUUGGCAUCCUAAGGACAAUGGGUUUGACAUAAGGGUAGAAAGGGCAGGGGACUUCUGCUCUUGGGGAUUCUGUUUUCUUCAUUCACUUUUACUGCUUCUAAAAUAAGUGAGGGAGGAAAAAGCCUCACUCCUUUUAAGCUUAGAUUAUUUCUCUUCCAUUGGGAUCAGUAUGAUUUUAGCUAUUAAAUGCAACUGCU